GGCAUCAGUCGCUCUCCAGUUGUUGCUAGUUGUGGACGCUCCCGCAAAAGCUCAAGAACACUUCCGGCGCGCGAUUAUUAAACCGUGGAACCCCCGAAAUAACAAGCGCGCUCGAUUGUUUGUUGUUAUCGUAGUUGUCCUAGGUUACCACCACUGCCUGCUUAAUCAAUAGACUGAAUGAAGAUUACUUUCCGUUGGUGUUUUUUUAAACUUUUGUGACUGAAUUUAAUUUACUUAACAUUAGGUAUAUUCUUGUGUGGUCGAGGAACAGUGAGUGCAUUUAUUAUUGUUUCCGUUGCAGUGACCAUAAACCGUUUAGCCAUUGUUUCAGUCUUCAGUAAACUAAAAAAUAAAAAACGAUUGUUUUUAACACAAGCAGAGCGAUAACGUAUUCGUGAUAACAUUGAACAGUUCUGUGUUUUUUUAUACUGUUAUGUGAUUAUAAAAUGAACAAUUAGACAUAAAUGUAAGACAGUUAUUAGGUCGUUUUCUGCGUUUGUGAAUCGUUUUAUUUUUCCUUUGGAAUUGGUCCCAAAAUGAAUCUGAAAAUCUUCCUCAUCAUCUUUCUCACAACUUCCACAAAUGCGAUGGAACUUAUCAAUGGUGCUUAUGAUGACUUUGUACUACAAAUUUCCGAUUCUGUUCCUGUUAAGGAAUGUCAACUCGUCUUAGAAAAUCUUAAGAACACGAUAUCAAGCGCCUCCCACUACCUGUUCACUGCUCUUGAUGGUCGUGCGUUCCUGCGGUCGGCAACUGUUGUGCUUCCUUCGUCGUGGCCGGACUCCUGUGCACCCAAACCUGUCGUUUCCGGUUCUGGUGAAACUCCGGAUGUUACGAUUUUGCCACGGGAACCGACUCGAGGACGUAUUUGGACUCAGCAGUCGGCGGGGUGCGGGCAACCUGGAGAUCAAAUUUAUUUCGGAUAUGAAAGUCUUCUUGGAAGGGACGACUCCUUGGGACGUACUUUGGUUAAGGAGUUCGCCAAGUAUCGGUAUGGCGUCUUCGAGGAACAAGGCUAUUAUAAUGACCCCGUGUACCCAACCUGUUUCUAUGAUGACCAAACCAGGGAAAGUAGAAUCACCGGAUGCUCUGAUUAUCCCAUUAAAAACACUGGAAUAUGUGAAAAUCCAAGUGCCAAAUACAACGUUACCGAAAUGGUCGAGAAAGACUCCAGAAGUUCGAUCAUGUUCGCAGCAGAAGCUCCAUCGGUGACCAUGUUUUGCGACGAAGGCAAUCAUGAUCGUUAUGCACCAACGAAACACAAUCAAAUUUGCAACAGACGAAACACUUACGAAGUCAUCAUGAGUCAUCGUGAUUUUGCUGGUAGUCGCAUUCCAGCGUCCAGUGAUAUAACGAACACCACCCCAAAAAUGUCAUACGUUAGACAAAAUAUUACACGUUACAUGGUGAUAAUCGAGAACACCAAAGACAUGCUCCAACGGGAAUCGUGGAACUACUUGAGAGUUGCAAUAAGGAAGUGGGCAUGGUUCGAUCUUCCUGAGAACACCGAAGUGGGGGUGUUGUUAGCAAAUGAAACUGGUGCUACAAAACUGGGAAAGAUUGUUACGUUGAAGAACUCGGGCAAUCGGGACGUCCUCUCUUCUAACAUUCCUUACACUCCAGGAGAUUCCAUUCAGCCAGCUUGUUUACACUGCGCUCUCAGGAUCGCUGUAGGGGUUCUGAACGAGGCGAACAAAUAUCGAAGUGCAGCGAGAAAUGUUAUAAUCUUGAUUGCUCCCGGUUUGGACCAAACGAAAGAACUCGACAUGGCUAUUGAGGAUGCGAAGAAAUUAAAAAUAAAAAUCGCUACCGUUAAUUAUCCGUACAUUUUUCGUUCGCAACCUCUCGACUUCCUAGCAAUUGCCACUGACGGAGCUGCCUUCACCGUGACAGAAGCGAAAAAUAAUAUCGAAACGAGCUUGUUGACGACUUACUUCCAGUUGACAAACGUCUUUUACAGCAUAACUGAAAGAUUCUAUUCUGGGAACCCCUCCGAUUUACCAAUGGAAAUCCACCGACGAAAACUGAGUGACGACGGAAGAUCCUCCAUAACGGGUAGUUUUGUUUUGGAAGAAAAUAUGAGCGAGCCAGCUAAAUUUAUGCUAUACACACAUAAUGCCGAGUCUCCGUUGAUACAUGGCCUAACUCUCAUCAGUCCCAGUCAUCAAGAGUUCACUGUUAGAAGCGAAAGUAUGUUGGGUGUGAAGAUUAUUACCCUCGUUGCCAAUAUUAGUGAGCCUGGCACGUGGACGUAUACAGUUGAAAGGUACUCUGGAAACCCACAACCCCAUUUCAUCCAAGUCAUGGCAACCCCAAAAUCGAGAACCGUUCCCGUGGUCCGAGCAAAGUUUUGGGUUCACAGAAACCAACCCAAUGGACCUCUCAUUCUAUUUGCUGAAGUGAAAAGGGGAAAUUUCCCAGUUCUCAGUGCCAAGGUAGAAGCCGUAUUCACGAAAGACGACAGAAACACCACCAUGCCAUACUCUGGCACAUUGGAAUUGUUAGACAGAGGAAACGGUGAUCCUGAUAUUACUAAAGGCGAUGGAAUUUAUUCGAGGUACUUCAGUGCAGCACCGGGAGGUCCUGGAACUUACACCUUUGAGGUUACAAUUACUGAUAAUGGAAAUACAGCGUACACAUGGAUGUAUUCAUCAAAAAUUGGUGAAGACAAGCCUUGCUGCGGAAGCGUUGUUCCAACAUCUAGUGUACAAACAUUGUCUCCAUUCCAAAGAAGUUUGCCACCAGUAACCAUGGUCAUAACUUCUGAGGAUAUUUUGAAGGCAGGACAAAUUGCAGUUGGUCGCAUCGGAGAUCUCAGAGUUCAAGUAAAACCUGAAGAUAUGAAGGCUCAUCUGAGUUGGACUUCACCGGAUAUGGGUGGUAAUAAAGUAGCCAGAUACGAAAUCAAGUAUGCCAAAUCUCUUAAGGACAUUGUGGACGAAUACGACACACUCGCCACCAUAUGGGAACAUGCCAAUCCACAUUCGCUAGCACCCGGUUCGGAAACAACAGUUACUGUUGAUAUGACCAAGGAGAGGCAUUUGCUCGAUCAACCCCUUUACUUCGCCGUUAGAGCUUAUCCACAACUUUAUUCUGAUUCUCAAGCAACGGAACCAUCAAAUUGGGUUAGACUUCUAGUUCCUUCUCCGCCUCCACCUCCGACCGUUCCGCCAACAUUUCCGACCAGCGACCACUCUUCAUGGCCACAUAAUCACAUUAGCUCUGUAGGAAUCGACCCAAUCACUCCUACCAUGAACAAAGCCAUGCCAUUCGGACUUGAAAUCGUUUUGCCGGUAGUCAUUGGUAUUUUGAUCUUGGCGAUAAUAGUGGCUUUGUACUGCUACUUCUGUAUAAUCAAGAAGAGGGUUCGUGAUAACCACAAGAAGAGUGCUAAACAUUCUAACGGUCUCAAAACUGAUAAGCUCAAUUCUGCCGUGACCAUAGUUCCUGGAACACCUUCUCAUUCGCCUCAAUCAAAUACUUCACAAGCUUACACCAAUAUCGUUGAUGUUCCUAAUCCUCAUACCGUUGGAGUUCCUAUCAAUGAUUACACGUACGAGGACGACACAAAGAAAAGAUACUCGUUGGUUCACCAACAAGAGCAACAAUUGAUAGAGGAAUUGAAACAGCAACAUUUCAAUCAACAGCAACAUGAUCAAUUGAUCAGCGCUAAUAAUAACUAUGGUGGUGUUAGCGUGAUUUCGAAUAAUUCGUUGCAACGUAAUGGUGGUCACACUUUAAGCCCAUACAACUCCUGGAGUGCUUCCCAACUGCUCCACGAGCACGAAAGGAGACAUAGUCCUUUGGAUAACAUGAUUCCUGAAGACCAAAUGAUGUCCGCCCAUCAGGAUAUGAUGAUGAAUGGCUCUCAAGUGGACCAUAUGUCCAUAGGUGGACAAACUAUUGAUCAUAGUGGACAUCACAUUUCUAACCCUGUUCCUGAACACUACAUUCCUGGACACGCACCCCCGGUGCCGCCUCUCCCCGCUUACAGUGCCAACGGGUAUCCGGUGAACUAUAACAUCUACGGCGUCCAACAAACGCCGCAAAUGAUGGCCCAUCCGAAUAAUCAACCGAUAUACCAAACAAUGCAAAGAAAUGAUGCACAGGGAAAUUAUAACACGAGCUUGCAAGGAUCUUUGAGUUCUGUAAACAGUGGCGAAAAGAAACGAAGAAAUGUUACGAUGGUAUAACAAUACGUGAUUGUUAAUGAAGUGCAGAUCGAUAGUUUUGAAACUUUUCUAUAAAAGGAGAUAAUUUAGAAAUAGUCAAAACCACAAAAUCGUAAGUUUGCAACCGGUUAUUAGCAUUAUUUUUGUUUUUUUUAAUGAAUUUAUUGUUUUAGUUACUAUUUUAUUUUUAUUCUUGUGAACAAUGGGUUAUUGUAAAUAAUUUCUUAGUUAUUGUGUAUUUUUUCUGAUAAAUCAUCGUUGUCAUGUACAAAUUAUGUUUAACGUAUAAAGUAUAUAAACUAGUCAUGUCAUAAGAGAAUCUUACUUAAUUAACGAGAAAAAAAUGCAUCAAAGCCAGUAAUUAUUUGUAGUGUGUAAAUAGAAUACUAGAGUAUAGUUUAUGUUUAACUGAAUAGUGUAUUAUAGGAAAAGAAUUAAAGGCUGAUGAUCUCGGAUUCCCUUUUAGAAUUAAAUAUUACGUAAUUUUUUGCUUAUCUUUUUUUGUAAUAUACGAUUAUUUCUACAAUAUUAAUAUUUAAUUCGUGUAAAAUUGAGUCGUUUUAUGACUUAAUAUGUUAGUAAACAUGUGUUUGUACUUCAACCAAAUAAAGAACCUCUUAAACAUG